AUGGGGGAUUCACAAAAGAAUAAAGAAAAAGACAAGGUGUGGGACGAGAAUUUAAAGAAACAUCCUACGCACAAGCAUCUACGGUAUGAUUCGGUUGAAAAAUAUGAAGAUCUGCAAAUCAUAUUUGGAAAUGGCGUAGCAACCGGUGGUUUUGCGAUUGGAAUGGGUGAUAGUACUGAUGCUCGCACCUUUAGAGUUGAAGAUAUUAGUCAAACGAGAGAAAACAUAAACCUUCAUCAAAGCAGCGAUGAAGUCUUUGAAUUAUCAUCUCAACAACCAUCAACAGAAUGUGGUAUGUCAGCUUUUCCAUGUACAGGUUCAAAGGAUCGUGCAGAAAAGCUUCAUCCAAGGAAGAGGUCAAGAAGGGAAGCUGAUACCAAUGCAGAUAAGCUGAAAAAUGAUCAAGAUGAUUCUAUGAUCAUAGUUAGCAACAAAAUUCUUAGUGUCAUACAACAAAGAGAAGAAAGACAACAAAGAGAAGCUGAGAAAAGAGAAGAAAAGCUAAAACGAGAAGCUGAAGAGAAGGAAGCUGAAGAGAAGGAAACUGAUAGAAAAAAAGAUAGCAUAUGGGAAGCCAUGAAAGAGAUUCCUAAUUUAGAUAAUCAUACUCGCUUCAAAUUUGGUAUCAGGUUAUGUUUUGGGAUUUUCCCCGAUCUAUAUUGA